AUGAGCCUUCCAUAUGAAGUACGAGCAUCACCAGGUAAAGGCUAUGGUGUGUUUGCGACUCGAGAUGUCUCCGCUGGCACCUUGAUCUUGGCCGAUCAACAUGUGAUGGUCAUUGCUAAAGAAGCAGGGAAACGACAGGACUCGGAGGACGACAUAGAACGCGCUUUCAAACAGCUGAAUCAACAGCAAGCCGAGCAGUUACUAGCAUUGCACGCAGGCCCGGAAGAUGGGCGAAGUCUCGUGGAAAGGAUUUACACUACCAAUAGAUUCGGCGACUUCGACUCGACUUACAUGUGCCUGAACAUAGCACGAAUCAAUCACGCUUGUGGUCCUAACGUAGCCUCUACAGCUGGCGAGACCAAUGAUGUGGACAAUAUCAGAGCCAUUGCGCCGAUCAAGAAGGGCGAUGAGAUCUGCAUCAGCUACAGGUCUGACCUCUGCUGGAUCAUGACUCGAGAGCAAAGACAGGCACUUCUUCAGUCCUGGAACUUCGACUGCCAGUGCUCUACCUGCGACCGAUCCGUGGAAGACAUCGAGCUCAGCGACUUCCGUCGCAAGAUCAUAUUUGCACUUCGCUGGAAGACCGUGUUCGAUGACCCAGUCGAUCUGUCACACUACGACUCGACCGACUUCCGUGACACUGAGGAGGUCUACGAUGCUCUCAAUGAGCCCGAUUCCCACGAGUCAAGCACUACCAGUCUCAGCACUAUCACAGCCUAUCAACUUCUCCUCGCCCAUUUCCUCGAAGCGGAAGGAGUCGAAAGAGACCUGGUCGGUAAGGCAUACUAUGAAGCCGCUAUAACGCACUUUGCGUACCUAGCAGCUAUGGACGAGAACGUGAUUCCUCUCCAGUGGGGUAUCAACGUUCGAGAGUGGAUGCAGAAAGCCAUCAAGUUCGUUUCCGACUUCUACGGCUCCGACUCUGCCACUGCCGAGCAGUACCGCAAGGAUUGGGAGACUAUGCAACUACUGCCUCAGCUGGCACUAUUACUCGAAAUGUGCGACCUUCCUACAACACCAACUCGAUCACUCACUGUGCAAGAUGUUAUCUUACAGAAAGUCUGCAUUACGGCAGACUUAGGGCACGAAGUUGGCCAGCGUCCUUUCGCUCUUCGCUUCGCUACACUGCCCGACGGACAAGCGGCAGUUGAGUGUGUUGAUGAGAAGGAGUGUAGGGACUUUGUACGAGCGCAGAACUUAGAUACAGAGAUCAGGGAGAAGGCUGUCAGAGAGCGGGAUACUUUCGUGGAGCAGUAUAAAGUCGUCGUGGAGAUGAGGGAGAACCUGAGGGACAUGAAGGAGACAGAAGCGAGUGAACGGCCUCUUUCUGGAAGAGAUGCCUGGAAUGUGAUCGAAUGA